UGUAAAACAUAUUUUGUUUAUAAAACGGAAUUGUGACGAAUAAUUAAAUCAAUUUCUGAAUAAAAUGCUCACGGAUAGAGUGUUGGCCACCAAGGAGGCGCUAGUGGUGGCGCUGGGAGACAACUGGGAGCGGUACCGGGCAAACAUGAAGAACUGGUUUCGCAGCCGGUGGACAAAGGAAGAGUUCGAUGCGGAGUCUCGGAAAAUUCUUUCGCCCGACAAGUUGCAUCUUCACAAUCAGUUUUUGUUGGCCCUGCUCAACAAGAUCGAUGCCUUUGCUCCCGUCGAACUUACUCCACAAGCCAAUGUUCAGGCAAGCAGCAGCGGCUCUGGAGGAAACCGUAGCAAGAGGCGAAAAAGAAGCUCGCGCACCUUCGCCGAGCGUCUUAACUUUGAGAUGUGCGAAGUACUGGAUUUCGUGGGCGAGGACAACAUGCAGGUGAUUCGACCGCCGCCAAGCAUUGGAGGCGGCGAUCAGCAGCAGCCAAUGCAGCAGCAAUUGCCAUCACAGCGUUACUGCGCCCAGGAGCUCUUCCUACCCGAUGCCGGCUUCAUAAUGGGUCGAUUCCUGAUUGGAGCCUGGGAAAUCGGACUCGUUUCCGUGGACGACAACGUGGCUGAGUAUGUGGCGAUGGCCGUCCAGGUGCUGCUCAAGGACCUACUGUCAGCCAUUAUCAAAAAGCGCAAACACUACAAAACCAGUGGCGAAGGAAAUUUCUAUUACGAUGUGGGUGCUCCACUGCGGGAUCCAUCACUGCGAAAUACUGUUACCCGACAAAAAGUUGAUGACACGCCAUUGGAGCUGGACAAAGAGCUCAAUACGGCAAAUUUUAUGCGGAGGCAGAACGAUGAUGUGGUCUUUCUGUCAGCCUGCGAGGAAAUUGUCCCCAGCGAACGUACAGUGAUCACACUCAAAGACUGCCAGCUGGCCUUUAGGGAUCGCAACCUGAUCGGUUCCCAUGCCGUUUAUUCAAUCAAUAUGGAACGCCUCAACAUGAUGAUGCACUAGAUUAUUUUUUAAAAUUCUUUAUGCU